UUCCUCUGUUGCCAGGUUAAUGGGGGCAGUAUUGCUGAAAAAGCUGGCUUACAAGCUGGAGAUGGUGUAUUAAAGGUGAACAAUCAAGAUACUGCUCAUUUUCGCCACAAGGAGGCGCAAGAUGCCAUCAUUCACACAGGAAACAACUUGGAGUUGUUGGUCCAAAGGGGCAAGUCUAGAACUUGGCAGCCAAAGGUGACCCCAGUGGGUGAUGCUCCAACUGUUCCUCAGCCAGUUGCAGCAGAACCCCAAAUGGUCACUCAGACCUCCCUUAAACACCAUCAGGACCAACAGGUCAAUGGAACUAUGAAGGCAAUAGUAAAUAACCAGUACAACAGUCCUGUGGCACUUUACAGUGAAGAGAACAUUGCUGAGACACUGUCUGCCCAGGCUGAGGUCCUUGCUGGUGGUGUGCUUGGUGUGAAUUUCAAGAAAAAUGAGAAGCCAUACUCUGGAGACAAUAGUGAGGUCCUCAAGAUGGUGCAGCAGAUGGACCAAGACCCAGGCAGUCCAGGAACUGUGGAUCCAGCAGAAGUGAUUAUGGCCACAGGCCUGCCACUGGGCACUGCUGGACUCAGGUCAGUUGUGCCACCACACCACCCAGUGCCAUCAUCACCACUACCUUCAUCAGCACUGACAUCAUCAUCAUCAAAGGUGGAUGCUGCGCCUGACCAGUCACACUGUUCUGACUGUGGGCGCCUGAUUGUUCACAUUGAGCAUCCUGCUCACAUGCAGCCUCAUCAUCAUCAGGCUGCUCCCAUCAGUUCAUCCACCAUGUUGCCCCAUGGAGCACCCAUCAUCCUGCGUGACCAGGCCUGUUUGGGCCAGCAGCAGGCCAAUGUAGGCCAUCAUCAGGCCAGUAUAGAUCAUUAUCAGGCCAACAUAGACCAGCAAAAGGCCCAAAUGAGCCAGCAUCAGGCCCAAAUGAGCCAUCAUCAGGCCAAUGUGGGCCAUCAUCAGGCCAAUGUGGCCCAUAAUCAGGCCAAUGUGGGCCACCAUCAGGCCAAUAUAGAUCAUCAUCAAGCCAGUGUGGGCCAGCAUCACGCCAGUAUGGGCCAGCAUCAGGCCAAUGUGAGCCCGCAUCAGGGAAGUUUGGGCCAGCAUCAGGCCAAUGUGGGCCAGCAAGACCCCUGCAACUUGUGCGAGGGACCAAUUGUGGGAGUUUUUGUGCGGGUUAAAGGCAGGAACCUUCAUGUGGAGUGCUUCAAGUGUGCAACGUGUGGCAGUUCUUUGAAAAAUGUUGGUUACUAUAGCGUGAAUGAGAAACUGUAUUGCGAUAUUCAUGCUAGGCAAGUAGCUUCGAAAUUGGCUGGUGUGGACCCAGACCCUGCUCUUGCUGUGUCUGCUUCACCAAUGGCUCCUGCUCCAGCUCCAGUGGCACCACCACCUGCCAAACCUGUGACACCAGCAGCAGCCACAAGCUUCUCACCACGUGCAGCUCCAAAGGCACCAAUGCUGCCAACUUCAGUGCCAACACCUACAAUUGGUGCUGUGCCAAUCAGCAGGGCUCAGUAUGGUGGUGCUGUGCCAUUUGGAACCCCACAUGCUUCCAAAGUAGGACCAGUGCCAUUCCAU